AAAAAAUAAACCCUAUUUUAAAUCAGAAACAGCUCAGUUUCAAUUAGCUCGAUCGAGCUUUAACCAGCCACAGCUAUGUCGAAAUUAAUAAACACACCUUUGUCAUCUUUCAUCGUCUUCUUGUUUUCUUAUUACAUAUGCUGUAGCAGGCAGGAUGCUAUGGCUGCCGAUGGUGAAAUUACCAAAAAGGGCAUCCGGGAAUGGUGCAGCACUACUCCACACCCGGACACCUGCAACUACUUCGUUACCCACGACCCUGACCCGAUUUCUUCCCAGGAGGAUUUCCGGACCCGGACCAUCCAAGCCGCCAUGGACAGAGCCGUCGACGCCCAAAGCCGAGCCGUGAAGCUCGGCUUCCAUGGAAGCCAGAUUGUGGAUAGAGACUGCAGCAGUCUCGUCGACGAUACGAUUGCUCAAUUAAACACCACUCUCCAUAGCAUUCGGACAAAUGCCAGUUACGAGGUUUCGGAUUUUCAGACAUGGCUCAGCGCAGCCAUGACCAACGUCGAAAUCUGUAACAGAUUAGGGUUUGACUAUUCCCCCAAAUUCGGGAAUUUUAAGUCGCCGGUUUUGUUGGAAAACGUUUCAGAGCUGAUCAGAAAUAGUCUCGCGGCAAACGGAGCACUCCUCGGCAACGACAGUGAUGAUAAGCACGUGACUCGGCACGGAUUCCCCAAGUGGAUGACGUCACGUGACCGGAGGCUGGUGCAGAACGCCGCCGCCAUCAAGUCCCAGGCAAACGCCGUCGUUUCACUUGAUGGGUCGGGUCAGUUCACAUCCAUCCAGGCCGCGAUUGACUACGCAGUCUCGGAACGGGUCGGGUCCGGGCGGGUUGUCGUCUAUGUGAAAACGGGGGUUUACACGGAGAACGUUUUGAUCAACAGAACUAUGUCUAACGUCACGCUGGUCGGCGACGGCAUCCGGCGUACCGUCAUCUCCGGCAACCGCAGCUCCUCCGGUGGUUUCACCACCCACAGCUCCGCCACCGUAGGUAUUGACGCCGCUGGAUUUAUGGCGAGAGGGAUCACAUUCCGCAACACCGCCGGGGCUGCCGGCGGCCAGGCAGCGGCGCUCCGGUCAGCCUCCGAUCUAUCGGUGUUCUAUGCCUGUGCCUUCGAGGGUUACCAGGACACGCUUUUUGUCCAGGCGCAGCGCCAAUUCUUCAAACACUGCGUGGUCUACGGCACCGUCGAUUUCAUCUUCGGCAACGCCGCCGUCGUCUUCCAGAACUGCGUCAUCUACGUGCGGCGGCCGUUGCUCGGCCAGGCGAACACCAUUGUCGCGCAGGGCCGUGGCGACCCAUUUCAGAACACGGGCGUGUCGAUCCAGUACUGUCGGAUCCACGCUGCGCCGGAUCUGGAGCCCGUUGUCGGAUCCGUGAGGACGUAUCUGGGCCGUCCGUGGCAGGAGUACUCACGGACGGUGGUGAUGCAGAGUUAUCUGGAUGAUUUGGUGGCGCCGGAGGGAUGGUCGCGGUGGGGUGACUCCGAUUUCGCCUUGACCACUUUGUACUACGGGGAGUAUGAGAAUUUCGGGCCGGGUGCUUCUACGGCGGGUCGGGUGAACUGGACGGGUUACCAUGUGUUGACGAAUCCGAAAGAGGUGGCCGGGUUUACGGUGUCGGGUCUGAUAUCGGGUGGUGCGUGGCUGCCCCGAACUGGAGUGCCAUUUACUGCCGGGUUGCUACGAUUGUAGCAUAUAUUUUUAUGAAUUAAUUAUUCAUUUUGUAAAAAUGAUGUAACAUAUAAAUGCCUAUAUAAUAAACGUAUACCCGAAAUUCUUGGGCUUUGUUUACAUACAUUUUAAGAACUU